AUGCGGAACUGGUCAGCCGUCACGAAGGCUGUCGGUGCCCUUGUGAUUUCGCUUUUGUCACUAGCUAUUGUCAUGACUGUCAUUUCAGGCGCCGUUUACGUCAUUGUUCAGUUCAGGAUAGGUGACAAUUUGCUCGUGUCACGAAGUAUGAAACGCGCCGGGGAUAGCACGGGGAAUAUUCGGAACAAGAAGCAAGAGUGCCUUUUUAAGUCCGGGCUUGUCUCCCUGCUACGCCUCGACAUCCGCGAGGGGCUCCGACGUCCUCGCUCCUCGGGGACGUCGAACGCCGAGGUCUAUCCCGGUCGGGCUCGGUGGCAGCGAGGGAGGCGCGUGCGGUGCCGCUCGGCCACAAGACGGCCACUGAGACACGCCACAAAGGCCUUCUCUGAGUCCGGUUGGGCAGGCCACGCGCGGUCUACAUCAACGACUGUCAGUUUCACAGCAGAGGAACUGCGGGCGUUCAAGGCUCGACGCGCCCACGCCCACACGCAGGAGGCUUCUGCUCACAGUUCCGACAACAAGGAGAACGCGCCUCGCCCGCUGCACCCAUCUCAGUCGUCGCCCUCGCUCUCCUCCUCGACGGCUCUGCGCUCUCUCGCCAGCGAGGGCUCCACGACCUCCCUGGCCAGCGGCGGCGCCGGCUCGUCCUUCACCUCGGGUCGCAGUGGCUCCCCAGCCUCGCCCGCGAAGCUCAGUCCAGCGCAUUCGUGGCGGACGUCGCUCGACUCCCUGCACCGCCCUCCCCUCUCGUCCCCCUCGCCCCCCGCCACCGCCACGACUUCCAGCGACGCGACCUCCAGCUCCCCGCGACCCAUAACCCGCGCCACCAGCCUCGCGGAUCCACUCAACAAGGAGGAGGCGGCAGCGGCAGCCAUGUCCGGAAGCGUGUCCCAAGAGGCGCUACACCUUCCCUCGACCUCAAGCGUCAGCGAGUCCUUGAACCGUAUCGCCGCCAUAAGUGAUUCCCUUAGUCGAUCUACCAGUGUAACCGAGUCCUUGUGCCGCUCCACGAGCCUCACGGAGACGCCCACGUCCACGCACUCCCGCGCCAGCAGCAUCAGUGAGGUUCCCACGUACCUGUCUAGUCCUCCCGCCGCCCCCGCCAGCAGCACGCAAGCGGCCCCAUCCUCACCCACGUCCCCGGUGCCUCACGAUGGCCCCGUCACCGCCCACCCGGCCACCGUGACGGAGGAGCCCUCGCCCAGGCCCUUGCUCAGCACCCCCAAGGCGCCGUCUUCGCCCAAGUCUCCGCUCUCCACCAAGUCUCUCUCGUCCAAAUCCUCGCUCUCGCCCACGCCCUUGUCUCCCACUUCGCCUCUCUCUCCCACCGCCUCCAAAGCUCCCUCGUUCCCUUCCUCCUCAGCCUCCACGACGGCGUCUUCCACAUCUACCACCACCAUCCCCUCCUCCACAACUACCACCACCGUCUCCUCCUCCACCACUUCCUCCACUGUCACGAACAGCACCCCCUCGUUCCCAGUGACGUCGCCCUCCAUGUCUCCUACGUCCUCGUCAGCAGACAGGUCCAAUAUCGUGGUCUUGGGCUACGGGCGAACGCGGUACCAGGAAGAAAUCGACUGUGAUCAGCUGUCCAAGGACUACGCCCCUCACCUCCUCCUCGACACGAAGCUCCGGGCCUUGCUUGCACCUGGUCCAGAGCACAAGACUGCAGCAUACUACAUGCAGGGUGUGUUCACGCUGGAGUUGAGGAAGGACCUUAUCAACAGCACCCACGCCCACCACCCGGACCUUAGCAGCCUCCACACGCCCAAGACCAUGGCGCCCAACAACACACACAGCCACACCACCCCCGCCUCCCCGCCCGCAACCAACGGCGACGCCACAACCUGCCUAAACACAACGAGUGACAAGUCUCCACUGCCAGCUGACUCCGCCUACUUCACGACGUCAGAGAGCAAGGCCAAGCUCCUGACGCGGCUUCGGGGGAGCGGAAACAACCUCCAGGACACCAUCACGCCAGUCACCGACCAUCAGCAACUCCUGAAGAGGAAGGAGGAGCUGGUGACGAGCAUCGGCCGGAAGCUGGAGAUUUUGCGGGCCGAGCAAGAGGCCAUCAAGGAGGAGAUGCGCCUGAACCAGGAGCUGGGCGCCGAGGUCACGCAGGAGGUGGAGGCCCGGGCCAGCCUGGCCGAGGCGGAAAAGUACAAGCUCCACGUGGAAGAGAUCGACAAAAUUACUUCGCUCCUCCUGGGCCUCUCCGGUCGCCUGGCGCGCGCUGAGAAUGCCCUCCUGAUGCUCGUCAAGGAGGCUGACCCUGAGGAGAAGCGUAUUCUUGAGGGUAAGCGUGACAAGCUGCGCGACCAGCUGGAGGAGGCGAAGAGGCUCAAGGAAAACACAGACAGAAGAGCCAUACAGGUCGCAAAGGUGCUAAAUCAGUACUUGAGUGAGGACGAGUAUGCAGACUACGACCACUUCAUCAAGAUGAAGGCCAAGCUCAUCAUGGACGCCAGGGAGAUCGACGACAAAAUCAAGCUCGGGGAGGAGCAACAGCAAGCUCUGUUGGAAACCAUGUGUUGCAAAAAUCCGUGAAGGUCUGGUGCUUCAUGUGGUGGAAGUGUUCCUGUGGUGUGAACUUCACUAAACUCUGCAGCUGUGAUCUGAAAUUCCAAACAUUAGUAGUCGCGUUGAUAGUGAGGAAUACAUCACUGUCAGUGUCGAAACCGUGAACAGUUAUGGAAAAUACAUUUUGUUAGGAAUUUACAAGAGGCUGUAAAAAGAUUAUAUAUAUACAUAUAAAUAUAUAUAUAAAUAACCAGGAUAUAAGAUAGCAAGCUAACAAGAGACAGUAUUUGACAGCACAUGUUCUUCUGUUAAGAAGGUCGUCGCUUCUGGACAAAUCACUUGUUGUUAGAGCUUGUCUUUCUCCUGCAUGUGCUUACUGUUGCCGAAGAUUUACAGUUUACAUAUGGACAUGUGUAAAUGCAAAACAUAUAAGUUGCAGUUUGAGUACCUUUGAGUUCUAUGUAUUAAUGUGAACAUGAGGAAUAGAUGUCCUGAAAUUAGCAUAUUACAUUGUUUCCUCGAUUUUUUCGGUAUACAGACAGGUGCUGUUUAAUGACAACGAGGAAUGAUUCUUUAUGCUGGCAUUUUCUGAACUGUGUCAUUGUUUAUGAUAUUGUGAUCUAUUUCCCAAUAUUUAUUUAUGUGCGAAAGUUUCAAGUGAUAAGUAUUGGAUAAAGCACAUAAACUGUACAUUGUAGCCAGAGUUUUAUUUGAGGAUACUAGUGCGAGCAGCAGCACUGUUAUUGCUGCAGAUGUAACUUAAACAUUUAGUGGGCACUUAUAUGAAGUCUGCAAGGAAUGGGCAUACAUACUAUGUAAUGUUAGGUUAUUUAAUAUCACAAUUUAUUGUCCUGAGGCUUUCUUUAGGUUUAUAUAUUGACAGUGCAAUGAAUGUCAUGGCAAUACCUACUCAAAUGCACAUUUGAGUUUGUAGUAUACUUGUGUUGAUGAAUAAAAGCAAAACAAAACACGCCUCGCCUUUCAUCUUCACGAUUGAAGGUAGAGUUUGUGUCAUUGCAACAGAUAUCAAUCCCUGGGCUGAGUGAGGAGCAAUAGAAACAACAGCAAUGGAGAACGCCUCGUGCCAUUUGGAGGAAAAAGAUCAUUCUUCUCUCUGACGUAUCAUACUUUAUCCAUAGAAUGAAUUCCCAUCUCGGGUCUCAGUUUAAACUUUGCUAUGUUAUGACUUUCUGUAAUCUCUUUUAUAUACAGUUGAUUAUUCUGUGAUGCUUGUCUGCUUGGUGUGUUUGGGUUAUUUUUCAGUUUUAUGAAUAAUUAUUAACAAAGAAGAGCUUCGCCCACGUGUACACAUGCAGCUGUGCUGAGCUCGUCUCUUGAUCCUGUCUGCAGUCCUGUCUAACAUUCUCUCGCUUCAACUACAUGAUAAGAAGCCAAAUGGUUUUGAAGGUUGGGCAGCACAACCCGUUAAGGAAUACUUCAUUAGUCCAUAGUCUUUUUUUAUGUUAACUUUCAGUGACAAAGUGCCCACACUGGCAGCUGGACAAUACUGAAGUAGCAGGCCCACUAAAUGAUGGAGUCUUGACGUGCAAGGAAGAUAUGACGUCUUCUUUGUAGGAGUUAUUAGUGCCACAUUGUAUAUAGUAGUUUGUUAAUGGAUGCCAAAAGACCGUCCUGUUCCUUGAUAUCUGUGUCUACUAACUUCGUCUAAAGAAUUUAUUGGUUUUAUACUUUAAGACUAGUUGCAAAGCGACAGUUGUGUUGUACAGUAGCGCUUGUUUAUAAGGUACGCCAAAUUCUAUGAUUCUUCUGCCUGGAAGAAAUAAAAUGAGAAUUAAG